UAAAAAGCGAGUGUACGAAGGAUACCUUUUCAAAUCAUUGACAGGGUAGAAAACAUAUUCGCACGGUAGUAGCCUAAACGCGUCAGGCAUGCGCGAUAAGUGAUUCCGCGGUCUAUCACCAGACGACACAAGUUUCAACCCUCAGUCUGGCGCCGCGUGCGAGCGCGAAACGACGAGGGCGCAUUCUCGUUUCCGCUUGAUCAGAUUUCCCCCCACCGCGUAAAGAACGAUGACCCGCGAGACCCGCGUCCGCUACUCGAAAUCCGAUGAUGCCACUUGAAACUUCAAAAGGGAGACGAAGGAGCAACAGUUCCCGCCUAGCGUUAAAACAAAAGACUCGUUAGCUCGAAACGCGAUGAACAUUCCGGGCAGGGACAAGUGGACAGACUCGAAGGAUUCUUCGCGUUACCGCGCGGUUACGGUGGUGUUUCGUUAAACAUGUGACGGAGGUUUGCCGAAGCAAACAGCCGCAGUGAAAUGCAUGGAGUUUCGUCGAAAUUAACCAGUUCCAUCAUGACGUGACUGGGGCCCAGCAGCCCGCGCAGCUUGUUGCCCUCGAUGGCCGCGAUGAGUGUUCCGUGGUACGUGCUCCUUCUGGUCACGUGGUGUUCCGUAUGGGCAAACUUCGUGGACCAGAUCGAGAGGCCUAGGGAAUUGUUGCGUCACCAGCAGAAUCACCGGCCCUCGUUCAUCGAGCGCAGGCUGGUCGACCGACUGGACACGCACGAAGCCACGGAGCCUCCUGUCCACCUGGACGAGUUCGACAGUCAACCUCCCCGCAGGAGCAAACCGGAAACCAGCAUCGAGAGGCCGGCUACGCAGAUCAGACACAGUCGUUCCAGGAACCACUUCACCAGACAGGCCAAACUGGAGGAUCCGAAGGAGGACGCCUCCAGGUCCAGACACCCGGAGGCUGAUCCCGCUAUCACCGGAAAGGAUCUCAGAUCCUCGGGCACGAUCGACGAAAGGUCCACCGUGGAUCUGGACAAACUGCUCACCAGGUUGUCCGAGGCAGCCAAGGAGGGAAAGUCCCGGGCCACUCCGGUCCGCCAUAAAGGCGACUCUUUAAACAAGCUGAAGAAGGUGAUCGCCAGGAACAGGGCCCGAACGUUCGGGAACAGAACGGUCGGGAACAUGACGGACGUGUACGGUCACAUCGUCCGCGGUACACCCGAAAGGUACGACCUGGACAACCUGGAGGACUACGACGGCUACGUUGACAGCGACCUCGGCAAGAACAGUUCCGAGAGGGAGGACUACGAGGAUUACGGCAGCAAGGAGGACCAGGGUAGGCCCAACAAGGAACCCGUCCACGUGGACAUCGUGACCAGGUUCCUCCGCAUCAUCGAGAACCAACAUCUUCUGGGGGAGAACUGCACCGCGGGCACGGAUCUGAACUUGGGCGAGGGCAUCGUUGAUCAGUAUGCCCAGGAGAGGUUCAAGCUCGAGGCGAACCUCGCGGUGAACAGAGCGAAUAUGCUGACGAGGUUGUGGAAGUACGCGCCGGAAGUGAUGUUGUCCUCGGAGUACUUGCUGCACGCCAGUAUUCUGUCCAUGGUGGAGUUCGAUGAAGACAUCUUUGCCGCAGGGAAUUGCUACGAUAAGUUACAGUACAGGGACCGCUGGCUUUAUUGCCCGUUCGCUCAUCGACUGCAGGGGGAGGAUGGGAUCCUGGUGAAGGACCUCGCGAUCGAGUACAAGUACCUGAGCAACAGCAGCGAGUGGUUCUACAUUGCUAGGAAGAACGCGGAGAAGGUUAUUGCGAAUAAUGAUCAAUUCAGCCGUGGUUUCCACACGUACACCCUGAACGAAACCACGCACACAGAGAGGGAAGAGGACGAGAUACUGACAGUGAGAUACGAGGACGGCAGGUGGUCGAAACCGUACUAUGAUUGCGGGGGCGGGAACAUCUGGAUGCUGACCUACACCGUACCUUUCUUCGGAUACGUAAACGACACGUACUUUUUCAAAGGAACCAGUGGAAUCGAUAUAGAUUUACGGAGAUUGGACAUAGACCAAUGUCCUCUGCGGCCAGGAUCGACCCAGCUGAAUAUAUUCGCUGCGAGCGACAAGUGCAAAAAGCGAACAACGGAGUGCAUCGCCAUUCCUGGGCUAGGCUUUCGUCGAGGGAGCUAUCGAUGCGUUUGCAAACGGGGCUUUUAUUACCCGGACACGAAAUCAACCAGCCGAUACUACAAUGGCACUGUGAUCGAGGAGGAAUACGAGAAAUUGAUGAUGGGUGAAGAGAGUCAAUACGACGUGGACGGCUUUUUCGAGUGUCUUCCGUGUGCAGAGGGCUGCGAGUCCUGCGAGGACGAUUCUCCCUGUGUGGUUUCCUUGAACUGGUUGAUGAGAACGGCCAUUUUGAUUCUGGAAUGCUGUGUCAUUGCCUGUUUGCCGGCUGUUGCCCUUUUCACUUGGAAAUACGGAAACGUGAAGGUGGUACGAGCUGCCAGUCCGGUUCUUCUUCGUGUCAUUGUGCUUGGCGCAUUUUUCAUUUAUUGCACGACGAUAGUAAUGUACCCCCGUCCAAACGUUAUUACGUGCACGGUGCGAGUUUGGCUGCGAGAAAUUGGAUUUUCCCUCACCUAUGGCGCCUUAAUGCUCAAAACUUGGCGCAUAUCGGUGAUAUUCAGGGUGAAGUCCGCCAAGGCAGUGAAAAUAACGGACGGCAGCCUACUGAAGCGUCUGGGCAUCAUCGUGAUGAUAUUCAGCGUGUUUCUGAGCAUUCGCACCCUGGUUGCACCGCCUGUGGUCAUCGUCGCGCGCACAGCCGAUGAUCUGAAGGCUUAUCUCUGCCGAACCGACUGGUGGGAUCACAGUUUUACCACACUGGAGGUUAUGUUCCUGAUAUGGGGUAUCAGAUUGUGCAUUGUAGUGAGAAAAACACCGUCGGAGUUUAAUGAAAGCCGUUUCAUCUCGAUGGCGAUUUACAACGAAUUUCUACUCUCAGUCUUCCUCAACGUUUCCAUGUUUAUCAAGAAGCAUUCGAGCAUCGUAAAGAAACGGCCUACGAAAGUGCCUUCACGCCGCAAUCUUUCUGGUUGCAGGUUGUUCUUGCAGUCGCCGGCCAAUCCGGAUUUAUUGUACGUGAUAUUUUUCUGUCACACCCAGCUCACGGUGACGCUGCUGCUGUGCCUCAUAUUCGGCAGCAAGGCCUACGUGGUGUUCCGCAGCGGAGGCAAGGACGACUCGAAACACUUCGGGGCCACCGGGAAAUUUCUGGGAAAAAGCAGCCGCCCGGCGGGCACCAGCAACCAGACCAACUCCAUAUCCCUUCAGCAAGGAAACUUCACCGACGAGAGUGACGGUGCCACGGAAGAAUUUCGUCGUUUUAUCAACCAGCUGGAAGUACUGAAGGAGAAGAACGUUCUGCUGGGAAAUCAUCACUUGGUGAACAAGUUGGCGGCAAUGCAGGAGGCUGCUAACCGCGCCGAAACUCAGGUGUCCACGAUCCAAGCGAUCUCCUCGAGCAUGAGACUGAACGAUCUAAGUGGGUCCACGGCGAUCGCUGAGACUGAUGUCGGAGAACCUCACAAAAGCGAGGAGAAGGGUGGAGAGGUCAAAGAGGAGAAGAGGUGUCAAGCAUGUAUAGAGAAGAACGGGAUCAAGAGCAAGGAUCAAGGCUCCUCAAAGGACGCCGAAGUGCUGGUGGCUGUUGAGCCCAGGAAACCCGUGAGGACCAACGACGUUGCGGUAUCCACUUCCGGUAAGCCGACCACCACAGAGGACAUCGGGACGGAAACGCAACACGAGGAGAAAACGGGUGAGACGAAAGAUAAGAGCAAAAGCAAAUCCGGCCAUGCGAGGACACACGCCAUAGUCAUCAAUCUGGAUGACAAGAGCAGGUUCUCCGAAGAAGUCACCGUUUGAGGUGAUCGAACCUGUUCCUGUGAACUGUUUCAAUUAUAGUCUUCUAGUCACUUGAAUCUCGAACGGUGCGAUGCAGUGAAAUAACAUUCGAAUAACGAGGAGUUUCCUUUCUGUUGGAUAAGGGGUAUAGAUUCGGUUCUUUUCUCGAUGCUUGCGCGAAACGAAGGUUAUAUAUCGAUUGUAGAUGUAACAGUUCUGACGAGUUAUAAAAAUACAAAUUUUCUUGAAACGUUUUAUCUAUGAAACAUUGUGAUAUGCGCCUACGUGGGCGUUGGUUAAUGAAUCGAACACUAAAAAGAAACUUAUAAUAUAUGAUAACUCAAGAAAAUUGUAUGCCAUUGAAACUGUGUAUUCUUCAGGAAAAUACGAAUCGAAAAGCUCUUUACCGUUUUUCGAUCCGUUGCCUCGUUUGCGAAAUACACGCAAUCAAAGUUUGGAGUCUUACGGUCGCCAUUUUGAUAUGGCCGCCAUAUCAAAAUGGCGACCGUAAGACUCUAAACUUUAAUUUCGUGUAUCUCGGAAACGAGGCAACGGAUUUGAAAACGGUAAAGGACUUUUCGACUUGUUUUUUCACGAAGAAUUCACAGUGUUGACGGCAUAUAUUUUUGUUGACACGCUUUAGAUAGUCACAGACAUUUCUACAGAGACAGAAUAUGAAAUCUCUUGAAACAUGAUUUUCCUUUUCGUCGUAUAGAAAAGGGGAAAGCACGAAUGUCUUAGACACGUAUCGUUCGAAAAUUUUCAGUUCUUCGACUGGUAAAUAAAGGGGCGAAAGAAUGUUCAGUGGAGAAAUGAGCCGAAAUCUACGAUGCGAAGGAAAACGCGAUUUCGAGGAUGGAAGAAAGUUGCAAAGUCUAUUUCGAUGCAUUGUUCUCAUAAAUAUGCAUCACCGAUACCGUCCCAGAUAGAACAGGCUCCUCUUGUUUUCAUUAAAACUUCUCUAGUCUUCGGUAACUUCUCCAGUCAUGAAUAAACGUUGACAGGAAAAGUUUGUUAUCGAUUCGAAAUCAAUUGAGACCGAAUUUAAGCGUAAAUAAAUAUUGUUAAUAAAUUUCAUGGGUUACAAAUAAUGCAAUCGAUGCUUUUUAUUUCGUCCAGUUUCGUUCAACACUGAAACAAUUGUAGCAUAUUAAAUUUUUUACAUUUCACGGAUCUGUAUAUUGCACAGCGCAGCCUAUUUAACUUUGCAUUUUUUAAUCACGUACCGAUUCUAUAAAUGAAGGACUGAAUUUCGAUAAAUAUUUCCACGAAUUGGUUGAAAGCAAAUGUUACAUUUUCGACCACGUCGAGUUUUAUCUGGGACACACGUUCAUCAGCUACGAAAGUGAUCAGUCGAACCUCGCGAAGCUUUCUGUAAAUAUUGUCGUUAGCUGCUUAUUCGAAGUCUUCUGCCGUAUGUUAAGUCGAUUUUGUAAAAAAGAACAUAAAUAACACAGUAAGAGUCGAUCUGCGAAUGUGAGGUACGCAAUUGUUUGAUCGAAUUCAUAUUUCCCGCCGUGUAGUAUGGCGGACGCGGGAAAUUUGAAAUUUAAAAAUGGGGAAGCGUAGAGAACUUGGAACAUUUGAAGGUUUAGGGAAUUGGGGAUUUGGAGAAUUGGGAUUUGGGGAAUUUGGGA